AUGGAUAAUCCAAUGGCUACACCAGAUGAGAAUAAACCUCAGAUCGUUAUGCAUUUUAAUUCAGAGAGCGAGGCUUAUGAAUUCUAUAACAGUUAUAGAGGAAGAUUGGGUUUUAGUGUCAGGAAAGAAUUUGCAAAUAAGAGCAAAAAAGACAAGACUACGAUAACUUCGAGGCGAUUCGCAUGUAAUAAACAUGGUAUUAAAAAAAAAGACAAGCGUGAUAUUGAUACUAAUUGCCCUCGAGCGGAGACAAGAACAGAUUUUUCUGCUCGAAUGGGCAUAACGCUUAUGAAAAAUGAGAAAUACCGAUGCCAUAAUUUUGUUAAAGGCCAUAAUCACGAGCUUCAUAUACCAUCUACCACACACAUGAUGCGGUCAUAA